AUGGACGUAGUAUUUUUAGGUUUAUCAAAAGCUGGUAAGACUAGCAUCAUUAGAACUUUAACUUCCAAAUGCUAGCCAAAUUAUCAAGCAGUCUUUGAAACUACAUAAAAAGUAGAAAAAUCAGAAUUGACAAUAGCUGGAAACCAAAUUAACAUUUAUGAUUUCUAUGGUACCUUUUAAAUUGAAAAUGCCAAGCCAGAAGAAAAAGAAUACUUGAAAAAGUGUGCUUCAAUCGUAUACAUUAUUGAUGGAUAGAAUGAAACUUAUGAAGAAGCAGUAAACUAUUUUGAAAAAUUGUUUGCCGAAAUAGUAAAAAUUAACCCCAAUUGCAAUUAUCAUUUCUUUGUUCACAAAAUUGAUAAUGAUGGUUUUGCUACUUUAGAUAAAAAAACUGCUAUUAUAAGUUCAAUUAAAGGUUAGCUCAUCGACUUCUUUAAUACCUACAGUAAUUUAAAGCCUAAUUAUGAUAUUAAUUUAACAAACUGGUAAGAUCAAUCUCUUUCUGAAGCUUUUAGUAAAGUUAUCCAUAAGGUCAUUCCUCAAGUAUCUUAUAUUGCUUCUCUUCUUACUUCUCUAGUUACUAACUCUAAAAUGGAAAAAGCUUUCUUGUUCGACUAGGUAAACAAAUUAUAUAUUGCCACCGAUGCUGGUCCUUUUGAUUAAAAUACAUAUUAAAUGUGCUUUGAAAUGAUUGAUGUCUUUUUAGAUAUUUCUUUCAUUUACGAUCCUACUGAAAAUGGAUAAAUUAAAAAUUCAGAAGGUUCAUUAAGCAUUAAAUUAUCUGACAACACUGUUUUAUUAAUGAAAUCCUUCAAGGAAUAUCUUUGUUUGAUAUGCAUAAUUAAGCAAGAAAACUACGUCAGACCUUUCAUUAUUGAUUAUAACAUUGAUGAAUUUUGCAAAGGUUUGGAAGAAAUGAUUAAAGUCACUAAAUGA